AUGGAUCUAAAUUCUACCGGCUACAACACGGGCGACGGCCCUUAUGGACCUGUUGUAAAUGGUACCCAAAUCGUCUUCUACCAGUAUCUACCAAGCAAACCCGCCGGCUUUGCCUUCAUGGCAUUAUUUUCUGUUGCAACUCUUGGUCAUCUAGUGUACUUCUUUUGGCUGCGGGCGUGGUUCUUCAUCCCUUUUCUGCUAGGCGGUAUUGCCGAACUUUUUGGUUAUUACUCUCGAGCCAUGGCCCACGACGAACCUAUCCUAGCGAAGUGGUUCAUUCUACAGAAUCUACUUAUCCUUGCUGGAGCCCCCUUUCUCGCGGCAUCGGUGUAUAUGAGUCUCGGGAGGAUCGCAGCGGUCUUGGACGCCACACACCACUCGUUGCUUAGCUUGCGUUGGAUGACUAGGUUAUAUGUCCUGAUCGACUUCGGAUGCAUCUUCACACAGCUCAUCGGCUCUAUACUUCCUGCCUCCGGCGACCCUUCAGCGAUUCGGACGUCCAGGAUCAUCUUGCUUUCCGGUAUCAUAACUCAAUUCGUCGCAUUGUCGUUUUUCGUCCUUCAGAUCGUGUUCCUUUAUAACCGUAUUAAGCGGGACUUGACUACGGUUCUCCUUCAUGAUCCUAGCAUCAGAUGGCAGUUCCAUUUCUACAGCAUCAGCCUUGUAGCGCUACUUUUAAUUUUACGUGCGGUCGUACGAGCGGUCGAAUACUUGCAGGGAGAAGAUGGAUAUGUCAUAUCCCACGAAAGCUUCAUAUACGCAUUUGACGGGGCUCCGAUGUUUCUUGUCAUGCUGAUAUUCCUGAUCCUUCACCCUGCAAGGCUGAUAAAAGAUGUACGUCGACUAAAGAAGAUAAACGAUGUGAUCAGGUUGGGCUUGGUUGACGAACAUCGAAACGACAAUACUUCUCGAUAG